AUGGCAGAACCGCACAACACGCCGUAUCCACCGGCAACACCCGCCGCCCAAACUCCCCGUUCCACAUCUCCUCACCAUUCCCCGGCGGCCCUCCGCCCGAACCCAGCAGACCCGUCCGCCGCUCCCAUCACAGUACCCGUCAACGGUACCAACGGUAGCAACGGCACAAAUGGCACCAGCACCACCACCAACGGGACAAACGGAAACACCACAAACGGCACCCACGCAAAGCCCAUAGUCCUGCACAUAGGCGAUCCCAUAAAAUACAACCCGGACACGUACGCGCUCUUCUCUUCGCAGUUCGAAGUCAUCCGCCCCUCGACGCCCGAGCGCGAGCGGCCCGCCUUCGCCGCCGCCCUCCGGGACCGCAAGUGGGGCGACUUCUCCGCCAUUUUCCGGCCCUUCUGGGGCACGGGCGGCGAGAUGGGCAAGUGGGACGAGGAACUGGUCCCGUUGCUACCGGCGUCAUGCCGCGUGUUUGCUAGCGCCGGCGCAGGUUUUGACUGGGCGGACACGAAACUGCUCGGCGAGCGCGGCGUGAUCUACUGCAACUCGGGCCUCGCGGCCGCGGAAGCCGUGGCCGAUUUCGCCGUCGCCCUCGUCAUUUCCACGUUCCGCCAUCUACCGUGGUGCAUGUCCGCGCCGUCCAACCCCGUAGCGUUCCAGGACUGCCACGCCCGCGCCACCGGCGUCUCGCAUACCCUGCGCGGCCAGGUCCUCGGGCUCGUCGGGUUCGGGAACAUAGGACAGCAGAUCGCGCAGCGGCUGGGCGUGGGGUUCGGCAUGGCGGUGCACUACUUCGACGUCGUACGCAAAGACGCCGCCACGGAGGAGCGGUACGGUGCGACGUUCCACCCGACUCUCGAGUCGCUGCUCGGCGUCUCCGACUGCGUCGUACUCGGCACGCCCGCGGGCGGCAAGGUGAUUACGGCGGAGUCGCUGGCGUGGUUUAAGCCCGGGGCGAGGUUCGUGAACAUUGCCCGAGGCAGUCUGGUUGACGAGGACGCGCUGGCGGAUGCGCUCGAGUCCGGUCGGUUGAGUACCGUUGCGUUGGAUGUGCACGCCGAUGAGCCGAAGCCGCAUCCGAGAUUGCUGAAGUUGUCCGGGACGAAGGCGACGUUGACGUGUCAUAAUGCGGGAGGCACGGUUGAGACGCAUGUGAACUUUGAGGAGUUGAGUAUGAGGAACAUUAUGGCUGUUUUGGGCGGUGGGCAACCAAUUACACCAGUGAAUUUGCAUUACUUGAAGAAAUGA